AUGCCAGCUCAGCAACACAAGCCGAGCACGGCGACAAAGCGCAAAGCCAACGCUACACCCGUUUCCACACCACCACAAAAGAAAAAGCCCACCCCUUCCACCACACGCAACAACGACGACGACUUUAUCAUGACUCUCGACUCUGAUGAUGAGGUGGAAGAUCUUGAUGCUCUCGUCAACCCCGCCUCUGCCGACGUUGAAGCAUCCGAAUCCGAACCCAGACCCGAGCCAGAACAAACCGCCGAGGACAAUUCCAAACUCACCAAAAACCAGCGCAAACGAAAGGAAAAAGCCCAUCUAGCAGGAAAGGACAAGAUCGUCGAAUCCGUCUCUUUGCACAAAAACAAGAAUGCAGCUGGAGCGGAUGGAAAGGAUGGUAUGGCGCUGGAUAAGAAUUUUGAGUUUGAUAUCUUUGGUGAUGGGUCAGGUGCAGAGUAUGCCCGUGGCAUGGCCGAGGGAGAGAAGGCGGGCUGGGAUAUGAGUGUAAAGGGUACAAGAAUGCAUAACAAGUUGAAUGUCGACGAUAUCAUUGAGAAGAGGAGGAAGACGAGGCCGGAGUUGGUGUUGCCUUUGGAUGAUCAAGACGAUGAGGAGGAGCAUCACAGUGAGGCAGAGUCGGAUGGCUUGGAUGAUGAUAUCAAAUUUGCCGAGUAUGGCGAUAGUGAAGACGAAGAAGAGGAGGAUGGGUUUGGUGGUGGCGAUGCUAAGAUUACUGCUGGUGAUGAUGAGGAUGAGCAAGAGGCAGCUGGCGUCGAUGCUCAAGAGGAUCCACUCAGCAGUGAGAAUGGCCAAUCUGAAUCCGAAGGUGAGGACCAAGAGCAAGCCAACGCGGAGGAUGUCCAAGAAUCAAACUCCAGCCAAGAUGAUUCCGACGAAGAAACAGAGCAAGAGAAAGCAAAGAAAGCCGCUUUCUUCGCCGAAGAACCGACGACAACCAUCUCCAAGUCCAAAUCCUCGGCCACCACCGACGCCGAUUCCUCAUUCACAUCCUUCCAGCUCUCUCGACCGCUCCUUCGCGCCCUCACAACGCUCUCAUUCCACAAACCCACGCCUAUCCAAUCUCGUACCAUCCCCAUCGCUCUCGCCGGCAAAGACAUUGUCGCAGGCGCAGUGACAGGUUCAGGUAAAACGGCCGCCUUCAUGAUCCCUACCAUCGAACGGCUCACUUGGCGUGCCAAAUCGCGUACCCCACUCCAAGCUAAAUCCCGAGUCCUUAUCCUUGCUCCCACCCGAGAGCUCGCCAUCCAAUGCUACUCUGUCGGCAAAAACAUUGCCAAGUUCACCGACAUUCGAUUCUGUCUCUGCGUCGGUGGUCUUUCCGUAAAAUCGCAGGAGGCCGAGUUGAAGUUGAGACCCGAAGUGGUGAUUGCCACUCCAGGAAGGUUGAUUGAUCAUGUUAGAAACUCGGCUAGCUUCACACUGGAUGAUAUCGAGAUUCUGGUAAUGGACGAGGCGGAUAGGAUGUUGCAAGAUGGAUUUGCCGAUGAAUUGAACGAGAUUGUGAAAUCUUGUCCAAAGGGCGCCAGACAGACGAUGCUCUUCUCUGCUACAAUGACAGAUGAUGUUGAGCAGUUGGUAAGGUUGUCCUUGAAGAGACCCGUGAGGUUGUUUGUCGAUCCGAAGAGGACUACAGCCAAGAAGCUCGUUCAGGAGUUUGUUAGGGUUAGAGGUACUGCUUCUGCUGGUGUUGCUGGUACCGUUGCAGACGAAGCUCCCUCAACCUCAAACGCUGAAACCUCAAGCGCUGAAACCUCAAGCGGUGGGGGAAGGAAGAGUGAAGACGCCCAACGACCAGCUCUACUCCUCGCACUUUGCACGCGCACCUUCACUAGUCAAGUGAUCAUUUUCGUCCGAUCCAAGAAACUCGCUCAUCAGCUCAAGAUCGUUUUCGGUCUCCUCGGUCUCUCUGCUGGCGAACUUCACGGUGAUUUGUCGCAAGAACAGCGCAUCGAUGCUCUAACAGCUUUCCGUGAUGGUAAAGUGGAUUUCCUCAUUGCCACCGACCUUGCUUCGCGUGGUCUGGACAUCAAAGGAGUCCAAACGGUGAUCAACUAUGAUAUGCCAGGACAAUUCGAAGCCUACCUCCACCGAGUAGGUCGUACUGCUCGUGCAGGACGCAAUGGUCGAGCAGUAACGCUUGUUGGAGAAGCCGAUCGACGAAUGCUCAAACUAGCUAUCAAGAAGAGUACUGCCGAACAGAUCAAGCAUCGUAUCAUCCCCGCUCCCGUUGCUUGUAAAAUGCUGGCUACCCUCGAAGAGCUCAAGCCUCAAGUGGAUGCAGUGUUGCACGAGGAGAAAGAAGAACGAGCACUCCGCAUAGCAGAAAUGCAAUUGAAGAAGGGAGAAAACAUGAUUCGACACGCAGAUGAAAUCUUUUCUCGUCCCAAGAGGACUUGGUUCCAGACUAGUGCGGAUAAGACUCAGGCUGCUGAGGUUAGUAAAGCUAGCUACGAAGCAACUAUGACUUCGGACAAGAAUAGAAACAAGGAGCGCAGCGAUCAAUACGCCGGGCUCAGCAGGAAGAAGAGAAGAAGCAAAAUGAUGAAACAAGAGAUCGAGAACGAGAGAAAGCAAGCCAAGCUUAGUGCUGGUGCAAAGACGGCUGUAGGCGCAAAUUUGAAUGCCGCUGUAAGGGCCGCCAAGAAGAUGCAAAGGCCGACCAAGUUGGGUAUGGCUCCCGUGAAGGUGGCGAAUAAGAGUAAGGCAAACAAAGGAAGAACUGGUGGAGGGGGAACAGUAGGCGGUGCUGCGGGUGGAAACAAGAUAAGAAGUUCGUUUAGUAAAGAUGGCGCUUAUAAGAAGCGUUGA